AUGGCUGCUAAUAAGCUACAAAGAAGAACAUCAAAGCUUCACCUUCUGCAAACUCCCGCAAACCCCAAAUCUGCUAAAAGGGGUUCCAUCUUCAAAAAUAUUCUCCGUUUUUACAAGCUCAAACUCAAGUUGGAACAACUACAAAGAGAGUGCCAGAUCCUCAGGGUUAUCAGAAACGAGUACAUCACUCUAUUGAACCAUAUACAAAUCCCAAAGGAGGUGAAAGUGGAGAAGAUUGGAGAACAGUUUGUGGUUAAAGUGAGCUGCUGCAACAGAGAAGGGGACAAGCUGGUGUCGAUUCUAGAGGCGUUUGAUGAACUUGGUCUGGAUGUUGUUCGAGCUAGUGUCUCUUGCGGCCAUUUGUUUUCCAUGGAAGUCAUUGCCGUUGCUCGAGGACAGCAAACAACUGGUAUCAGAGAUAUUAAACAUGCUGUUGUUAAGGCCAUUGAUGAAAAGCAAGGGUGGGAAGCUGGAGACGCUUGUAACAGAGGAGUUAAUUGAUUAAUGUUGUCAUGUGAUUGGAAUGUUAAUGUUUUGUAUCUAACAAAGUAACAAUCUUGCUACCUUCUCAAUAUUUUCUUUUUUAAUGGUAUGAAAGAGCCUGAAUUAUUUUC